AAUUUGUAAAGACAAUAAGUGAAAUUAAUGUCGUUGAGUUAGUUGGGUUAGUUGUGAGCCAGAUCUCUAAUUUGGAUUUUAUUUCUCAAAGUUUUUUGUUUCUCCAUCGAUUAUUAUGAAUAUUGAUCCUCCACAUACACCUGAACACGUUAAAGAAAUACUCAAAGACUUGACGAAACAUUAUGGCGAAAGUCUCAGAAAAUUGCUUGAAAUUUUCUCUGAUCGCCACGAAAUUCGACUGGCUGGAGAAACAGCGCGUGACAUAUUCAUGAAUAAAAUGCCAACGAAAAUGGAAUUAGUUACGUCAGCUUCAAUAUUUGAAAUGAGAAGGCUGUAUAGUGAGAACAAUAUCCCAUAUUCGAUUGACGAAAAGGUAGCAACCGUUACACCGGAUUUUUAUUCAUACAAAAUUACUACGAUCUGGCCUGUUGCUGAUGAGUCUCCUCAACCGAAAGGCCUUGAAACCAUUAAAGCGUUUUGGGUGAUCAAUUCGUACAAACGUAUUUUCACAGUUGAUUUCAUUUCCAUCGAUUUCAUCACUGGUAGGAUUUACAACUACUUUAAUGCCUGCGAGGAUAUUAUAAAUUGUCGGGUUCGAAUGAUGACCCCAGAUCCGGAUGCGGUAAUCAAAAACGAUUACUUUAUGAUUUUCAAAUACUUUAAACUAUUUGGAUCAAUCACGGGAUCUGGAAGAAGUCAUGACGACAGAACAUUCACAUCAAUAAUGGCCAACAUGAGUGGAUUAGCAAGCAUGAAGGUAGAAGUCAUUUGGAAUGAGUUAAAAACCAUUUUAUUGCAUCCAAAGAGAUACGAAUGUGCCGAACCAUUUCUUGCAUGUGGAGGUGGCACUUUUCUGGGUUUACCAGAAAAUCCUAAUCUUACUGAGUUUAGACGAAUUGCCAAGCAUUCCAACUUUGCAAAGCAUCCACUGCUCCCUAUUUCAUAUCUGUGUGCAUUUCUGGAGACCCAAGACGAUGUUGCGCGAGUACAUGAACUACUGCGACUAUCAGUAUAUGAACGGGAUCUAGCCAUAUUUCUAGUUAAGCAUAAAGCAACUACUCGACACAUCGACCAUUUAAUGUACUACAGACAAAUGUGUCUACUACCAUCUGGAAAGAACAAGCAAAUAUGUCGAGAAUAUGUUCUUGAACUGCUCAAAUAUCACAACAAAAAGUCAUUAUUCGAAGAUAUGCUUAUGAUGCCAUCUUGUACUCUCGAUCCAGUCGUUUUGCAAUGGCGAAAGCGUCCAAUUAGGAGAAUAGACAUUGAAACCACAGAUGGAAUGCACGAUUCUAGCUCCGAACACAGUGACAAUGUAGAUGGGAUGAAGGAGCCAUCUUUUAAUUGAAACAAAUGAAAUAUGCAUCUUCGCAAAUAAAACAAAGACUUCAGAACGUGUCACAGACGUGGUGAAUCGAAUAUUAUAACAAAGUUUCUCGUAACACCAAGCAAAUUUACCGACAUUGUAAUUUAGAAUAAAAAAUUACAAUCAACACUA